CGUAGCUGGUGUCUGAUGGUGGUUUGUAACCCGUGGUUCGAGUACAUGAGCAUGCUGGUCAUCCUCCUGAACUGUGUGACCCUGGGAAUGUUCCAGCCCUGUGAGUUCAAAUGGUCCACCCUCCUGCAGGUUUUUGAUGACUUCAUUUUUGCGUUCUUUGCUGUGGAGAUGGUCCUCAAAAUGUUGGCGCUAGGGAUUUUCGGGUCUAAAUGUUACCUGGGCGACCCAUGGAACCGGCUUGACUUCUUCAUCGUCAUGGCCGGGAUGUUGGAGUACUCGCUGGGAGGCCACAACGCCACAUCAGCCAUCCGCACCGUUCGUGUGCUCCGCCCCCUCCGCGCCAUCAACAGAGUCCCCAGUAUGAGAAUGCUGGUGACACUGCUCUUAGACUCGCUGUCGAUGCUGGGGAACAUCCUGCUCCUCUGCUUCUUUGUCUUCUUCAUCUUCGGCAUCGUGGGGGUGCAGCUCUGGGCCGGGCUUCUGAGGAACCGCUGCUUCUUACAGGAUGAUCUGAAGACGGAGUACAACCUGUCGCACCUGAGCCCGUACUACAGGCAGGAGGAGGGCCAGGAGAGCCCCUCCAUCUGCUCCACUGCCAGCCACAACGGCAUGCUGCGCUGCCAUAACCUCCCCCCCCUCAAGCAGGACAAGGUGGAGUGCCGACUCAACGUCUCCCACCAAAACCUGGCCCUGUACGGGUUGGACGGGGCCGGCCGGAACAGCUGCAUCAACUGGAACCAGUACUACAACCAGUGCAAGCCGGGGGAUCACAACCCCGACAAGGAGGCCGUCAACUUCGACAACAUCGGAUACGCGUUGAUUGUCAUUUUCCAGGUCAUAACCUUGGAAGGAUGGGUGGACAUCAUGUAUUAUGUAAUGGAUGCACAUUCCUUUUACAACUUUAUAUAUUUUAUAUUGCUCAUAAUAGUGGGCUCCUUCUUCAUGAUCAACCUGUGCCUGGUCGUGAUCGCCACCCAGUUCUCGGAGACCAAGCAGCGGGAGAACCGGCUGAUGCAGCAGCAGCGGGCGCGCUUCCGCUCCAACGACAGCACGCUGGCCAGCUUCUCGGAGCCGGGCAGCUGCUACGAGGAGAUGCUGCGCUACAUCGGCCACCUGUACCGCAAGGUGAAGCGGCGUCUGCUGCGCCUCUACAGCAGCUGCCAGAGCAAGCGGAGGAAGAACCCCGAACUGGAGCUCAGCGAAUCGGACAUUGGCGUCUCCGCAGCCGACGGGAUAUACGAGUUCACCCAGGACCGCUGCCGUGGCAACGAGGGUCGCCCAGGGCGCUCCUGUAGCCAGCGGCGACGAGCACAGGUCCGGGACAGGAACUGCCUGGCCUUCUGCUGGGAGGUUUUCCGCAAGAAGCUGAAACGCAUUGCGAAGAGUGAGUACUUCAACCACGGGAUUAUGAUCGCCAUCCUCAUCAACGCACUCAGCAUGGGCAUUGAGUACCACCAGCAGCCUGAGGAGCUGACAGAACUCCUGGAGAUUAGCAACAUCGUCUUCACCAGCAUGUUCGCCCUGGAGAUGGUGCUCAAGGUGCUGGCCUUCGGGAUCUUCGGCUACAUCAGAAACCCCUACAACAUCUUUGACGGGAUCAUCGUGGUCAUCAGUGUGUGGGAGAGCACGGGCCUGUCGGUGGUCAGAACCUUCCGGCUCCUUCGCGUACUGACACAGGUACGCUUCCUCCCCGCCCUUCGGCGGCAGCUGGAGGUGCUGAAGAAGACCAUGGAUAACGUGGCCACCUUCUGCAUGCUGCUAAUGUUCUUUAUCUUCAUCUUCAGCAUACUUGGAAUGCAUCUGUUUGGGUGCAAGUUUAGCCUGGAGACAGAGAACGGAGACACACUCCCAGACAGGAAGAAUUUUGACUCGUUGCUGUGGGCGAUUGUCACUGUGUUCCAGAUCCUAACUCAGGAGGACUGGAACAUGGUUCUGUAUAACGGGAUGGCCUCCACCUCCCCCUGGGCUGCUCUGUACUUCGUGGCCUUGAUGACCUUUGGGAACUACGUCCUGGUAAACCUGCUGGUGGCCAUUUUGGUGGAAGGUUUUCAAGCAGAGGAAGAUGCAAGAAGGUCAGACACGGACAACGAGAGAAUUUCAGCAAAUUUUGAGGAGGUGAUAAUGAGGGAGAUUCAAGCUGCAGAGCUGAAGAUGUGUGCACUGAUGAUGACAGCCAAUGCGUACGCAGAUCCACGUGCCAGCGUGGCCACACCCAUGCCCACGCCCAAGAGCUCCCUGGGAACAGACUCAGCCCACGCCUUUGUCGAGUCACGGCGAGGCAGCAACACGUCUAUCGACCCUGACCAGAAGUCCCUGUCCAGCCUGCGGAGCCCCCCCGGGGGGCCCUGGGGUGCGGGCAGUAACUGGGGCAGCCGGCGGUCCAGCUGGAACAGCCUGAGCCGUGGGCCGAGCCUGAAGCGGAAGGACCCGUCGGGGGAGCGUGAGUCCCUGCUGACGGGUGAGGGCCAGGGCAGCUCGGAGGAGGACAGCUCAGACGGUGGGAAGUCCAGUGUGGGGGACCGGGCCCGGUCCCCUGAACCCCCCGAACCCCCCGAGCCCCUGCAGGUCCCCAUGCCGCGCCAAGACUGCAACGGCCGCACCCAGCACCACUCCACUCAGCCUGACUGCUGGAAGGAUGAGCGGGACUAUGAGGAGGACCAGGACGACAGCUUCUGCUUGCGGAUCCGGAAGUCGUUGGAGACCCAUAAGCCCCAGUUCUGCCGUCAGCGUGAAGACUGGUCCCUGUACCUGUUCUCCCCACAGAACCAGUUUCGUGUCGCCUUCCAGAGGGUCAUCGCACACAAGAUGUUUGAUCACAUCGUGCUGGUGUUUAUCUUCCUGAACUGCACCACCAUUGCACUGGAGAGGCCCAACAUCCUCAGCACGGAGCGUGCAUUUCUCACCAUGUCAAACUACAUCUUCACUGUGAUCUUUGUAGCAGAGAUGAUUAUGAAGGUGGUGGCGCACGGAUUCUUUUCAGGGACGGACAGCUACCUGCAGAGUGGCUGGAACAUCCUGGAUGGCGUGCUGGUCUUCGUCUCCCUGGUGGACAUCCUGGUGUCCGUGGCAUCAGACGGCGGGAACCGGAUUUUGGGAAUUUUGCGGGUUCUGCGUUUGCUCAGGUGAGCACGUGACCUCAGGGUGAUCAGUCGAGCUCCUGGCCUGAAGCUUGUGGUGGAGACACUGAUCACAUCGCUGCGACCGAUCAGCAACAUUGUGCUCAUCUGCUGUGCGUUCUUCAUCAUCUUCGGCAUCCUGGGGGUGCAGCUGUUCAAGGGGAAGUUUUAUCACUGUGAGGGACCAGACACGAGGAAUGUCACCAACAGGUCCGACUGCGAGCUAUCAACUAACAAUCGCUGGAGCAGACGGAAGUACAACUUUGACAACCUUGGACAGGCCCUCGUGACACUGUUCGUCCUCUCAACGUUGGAUGCAUGGGUGGACGUCAUGUACGACGGGCUGGACGCCGUAGCAGUGGACGUGCAGCCAAGGCGGAACUAUAACCCCUGGAUGCUACUCUACUUCAUCUCCUUCCUGCUCAUCGUCAGCUUCUUUGUGCUCAACAUGUUUGUGGGCUUGGUGGUGGAGAACUUCCACAAGUGCCAGCAGCACCAGGAGGAGGAGGAGGCGCGGCUGCGGGAGGAGAAGAGGCUGAAAAGGCUGGAGAAAAGGCGCAGGAGUAAGGGAGAGCCCGCGCCCGAAGCCCAGCAGCGGCCGUACUAUGCCGACUACUCCCCCGUCCGUCUCUACAUCCACACACUGUGCACCAACCACUACCUGGACCUCUUCAUCACCUUCAUCAUCGCCAUCAACGUGGUCACCAUGUCCAUGGAGCACUACAACCAGCCCCCGUACCUUGAAGAGGCUCUGAAAUACUGCAACUAUGGCUUCACCGUCACCUUCAUCCUUGAAGCUCUGCUCAAGCUGAUUGCUUUUGGCUUCACCAGAUUCUUGAAAGACAGGUGGAACCAGCUGGAUCUGGCCAUUGUGGGGCUUUCCAUCAUGGGGAUCACUCUGGAGGAGAUCAAAAACAGUGCGGCCUUACCCAUUAAACCCCCCAUCAUCCGCAUCAUGAGGGUCCUGCGCAUCGCUAGAGUGCUGAAGCUUUUGAAAAAAGCUACAGGGAUGCAGUCUCUGCUGGACACAGUGAUGCAAGCCUUGCCACAGAUGUGGAAUUUGGGUCUGCUCUUCAUGUUGCUGUUCUCUCUAUAUGCUGCACUGGGUGUGGAGCUCUUUGGGAAACUGGCUACAAUGAAGUGCAAUGAAGAAUUUGAGAGUCUGGGCAGUGACGCCACAUUUGAGAACUUUGGGAUGGCCUUGCUCACCCUUUUCAGGGUAUUUACAGGGGACAACUGGAGCGCCAUCAUGAAGGACAUGCUGGGGGACUGCGGCCUGCCCUACCUACGCUUCAUCUCCCCGGUCUACUUCAUCACCUUCGUGCUGAUCGCCCAGUUCCUGCUGUUCAACAUGGUGGUGGCCAUGGUGGAGGAGAAUUACAAGAAGACUAUAUCCUAUUACAAAGGAGACCAGCCCAAUCCCCAACAAACUCACCAGUCUGGCCUGUCAGAAAACCUGACGGGAGUUGUGGGUUGACGAUUGAUUAUACAGGACUAAGUGCUGUCACAGAGAAACUGCACCCUCUACUGGCUAA